CUUGGAUUACAGACCAUCCACACCAUUUGCUCGCACCACAACGCAGACAGUGAACAGUAAGCUAUUAGCUCUCUCUUUUUCUCUCUAAAUGGUUGGGCCGUAGACGACCAUAAAAAUGGCUGUUUCAUUCCACUCGGUGCCGGGCUUCAAUUCCACGUUACAGGCUAAGUACCAGAAUGUGUCAAAAGGUUCUGUUGGAGCUUCUAUACCAGCGGCCACCACCCAAUUCACAUCCUUCUUUGGAGCGUUUGGACAAAGGAGGAAUGUAAGCGAAAAACGAUGGGGCUUAUGUCUUUCAGUUGCAGAUAGCAAUCAGCUCACCACAGACACUGGUGUCAUUGAUAAGUCCGGAUCUCAAACUUCUGAUGCUCCCAAUGGCUCUUUGGAUACUUCAAAUCCAAAGCAGGAGGCAUCUCUUUCACCUGACGUUCAACCCAAGUAAAAAAGAUCGCCGCUAACAGCAAGGGAGAGAUUGAGGGUGGCCAAGGUUCUCAGUCGUUACACAGACUCAAAGCCA